CCCAACUUGGAGAACAUCAGCCAGCGGAGUCGCGAAGAGGGAGAUCAUCAGAGCUCACCCGCUGCGCAAAAGCUCAGAGAGACAUCAUCGCGCUAGAUUGACUCAAGGCAAGAGGACGAGAUGGGGAGGAAGAAGGGCGUCGCCGAGUUCGAGGAAUCGCCGCCGGAUGACUUCGAUCCGUCGAGUCCGUACAAGGACCCGGUGGCGAUGCUGGAGAUGAGGGAGCACAUCGUGAGGGAGAAGUGGAUCGCCAUUGAGAAGGCCAAGAUUCUGAGGGAGAGGCUCCGCUGGUGUUAUCGCGUCGAAGGUGUCAACCACCACCAGAAAUGCCGUCGCCUCGUCGACGAGUACCUCGAGUCCACCCGUGGCAUCGGCUGGGGGAAGGACCAUCGCCCUCAUUCUUUUCACGGUCCCAAGGCCGAAGCCGUGGAGUCCGAGGAGUAAAGGAUUGCUUCUUCUCAAGGUACCUCUUUGACCUUUGUAUUCGAAUUUCCCCUUCUCAAUUCUGUCAUUUCCCAGUUUUUUUCCGAUGUUAUGGAUGAAUGUUGUUUCUCUGGUCAUAGAACUAUUCAGAACUUGAUUUCUGUGAGUAUUAGUUGUUUUCUAAUGAUAUGGAUGACUAUCAUUAGCAUAAAACUAACGGGGAAAGUGAGCUCCUUUUGCUUUUGUUUGGUGGAGCCAUUCUUGUGUUUGUAGUUAGAUUUCAAGUCUGAAAUGUUUAUUUGAUGGCGAGAGUUUGGAAGCAAGUGUAAACUCAGGUGAAAACUAAGUAACUCGUCUUACCCUAUGAAUUGAAUUAUGCUCAGGUUCUCUUCUAAAAUUCGAUUCUCCAUUUUAGCUCAAUGAACAUGUCCUGAAGAAUUGUUAAUGAACUUUAGGCUUAUGAUAUCGAUGUUGAGGUGAUUGAUAUUUGGAUGUGAAUACUGAUGGUCAUCAUCAAGUCUCCAUGAGAUACUUAUGUAUCAGGGUAUUAUGUUGGAAUGUAAACCAGAGAGUGUAAAAGCAAAUCAUGACUAGCAAGGCAAGCCCUUAGUAGUGACUUAUUGUUUUAGUGGUGGUGCGUCAUACUGUUUGUUGUGUUCAAUGUGUGGCUAAACUAGCCAUGAUUCAUCAUCUUGUCUGUAUGGAUGAUUCUAUUGAUUGUGGGAAGUUCUUGGUUCCUUUCAGACUGAUUCCGAGAGUUUAUAAUCGCUCAGAAUUUUUGGUGGAAGGAUAAGUGAUUUUAAAAUGAUUGCUUAAUUAGUCAAUUGUGAAGACCAGUGUUAAAAGAAUGCAAUGAAAUUUAGAAAUCUGUAUUGAUGGUUGGGGAGGAUAAUAAAGCAUCCAUGUUGUAAAAAUGUUCACCUAAGAACUGCUUGUGGAUGAUGAGGCUAGGCAUCUGUUUAAAAUGUGAAACAUUGGGUGUUGCGGGUUCACUAAUAGAUAACUCUAUACAGUUGAAUUUUUCAACAAGAAAAGAGCCAGAAGUACUGGAUAUUCCAUAUGGGGGUUUUGUACCGUGAAACAGUAGAUAAUACCCUACACCUAUUUGUAUUUACCUUUUUAGUAAAUUGAGCUCCUUCUUUGUUUGAAGACGAAGAAGUGAAGAAACAAAAAAUCACCUCAGAUUUUGGGUUCACAUAGAAUAAUAUAGGGCAGUGUUGUUCUGUAUGAUCCUGUAGAUGUGGUAAGAAUGGUGUCUGCACAUUAGUGUUAACCCAGUUGCUCGUAUGCACAGUAGUCCAAGCAAAGCGACCCGGUUGAUUAAGAUAUACAAUUUCAUUACGCCUCCAACAAAUGCAAUUCCAAGCUCUAUUGAGACAGAAAAGAAAGUGAUUCCUCAAUUAUGGGUGUGGAGUCUCAAAUCUGAAUUAAAAUUUGAUUGUGCUAGGCAGCCUUCAAAAGAGGAUAGGCUAUGGGUCACUGAGCCCCAUUAUCAACGCCAUGCUGUGUUGCAUUGGCUAAUAGAUUUCCCCUGGUUAUGCUUUGUGACCGAGAAAAAGAUGCUUCUGUAGUUCUUCUUGUUGGCUUGUAUUUGGUCACUUUUUUUAAAAAAAUCCUGUCUUUUUUUCCCCUUCUCAUUCUGAUGUCUGCAUGAGGGCUGCACAGCCUAGCUACUUACGGAAGAUGCCUGAUGAUAUAGUUAAUGGUUACGAUUAUGGUUAUUUGGUUAAACUUAUCAAUGCCGUAAUAGAUUGAAAACGUUGCCUUCAGUGGGAAUCUUGGUAACUAUUUGAAUGGCAUAAUGCAUGUGAAGUUUUGAACUAUGGGAACUGAACUUGGUUCCAAAGCAGAGAAACUAAAUCCGUGUUGAUUUAUUUCUGUUGCAGAUGGGCCACAACGCUUAGAGAUCAAUGAUGGGGACUGAAGCAGUGCAAUCCCUUACUAUUUUAAGUUUGAUAUAUUGUUGUUAAUGUUUUGCUUCUUUUGGACUUUGACUAUAUAUCCGCAAACAUUUCUCUUGGACCUUGAUCUAGGCUGGGAUUCUGUCAUAAGCUGGAUUACUAGCUACGCAGCUGUAAGGAUGGAAAUCACAUCUUUUGUGUGGAUAAACCUUCUUCAUGAAUGAAUGUAGCUCAGAUGAAUGAACUUCUCAGUGAUGACCGCUUGUCAUGUUGGUGUUUACUCUAAUCAUGUUCUCUGCUAAUUUGGGAUGGUUGGGAUUGCCCUCGUUGCCCGUGGAGGCGGGGAUCUCAGUGAUAUCUAAUGUAUUGCAGCUGCUGCUGGAAUUUAUCACUGAUGGAAAUGUCUUUUGGGAAACUAUUGUCAGCAGAAUGAUGGAGUUCUGGUUUGGUUUUCAAUAUUUUUUAUAUGGGUAAAUGCCACAUUUGAUCAUUGAGAUUACUAAAUUGUGUCAUUUUUA